AUGGUGGUGACUAAUGGGAAGAAUGAGGUAAUCCCCACAAGAAUAGUGACUGGGUGGCGGAUUUGCAUGGACUACAGAAAGUUGAACGACGCCACCAGAAAGGACCAUUAUCCGAUUGUUAUUGCACCAGAGGACCAGGAGAAGACCACCUUCACUUGUCCAUUUGGCAUAUAUGCGUUUAAGCGCAUGCCAUUCGGCUUGUGCAAUGCCCCGGCCACAUUUCAGAGAUGCAGAUGUGACAUAGCAGUUGGGGCAGUGCUUGGACAGCGGAAAGAUAAGAUGUUUCAUUCCGUCUACUAUGCAAGCAAAACACUUGAUGCAGCCCAAUCAAAUUAUAUUAUUACUGAGAAAGAGAUGCUGACAUUAGUGUUCGCGUUUGAUAAGUUCAGAUCAUACUUGAUAAGAGAUGGGAAGGGAACUGAGAAUCAGAUAACUGAUCAUCUGUCCAGACUGAAGGAUUCAUCUCAUGUGAAAAAUGAGGGGCAGAUUCGUGAAGAGCUUCUUGACGAGCAAUUGCUUUCUUUGGACCUUGCUCAAGUGCCUUGGUAUGCUGAUAUUGUGAAUUUUCUAGUGAGUGGUUUAUUUCCACCUGGGGCCUCAACACAUCGAAAACAGAGGCUGAAGUAUGAUGCAUGCUUCUAUAUAUAG